GGGAUGAGUGGCGGAGGGACGGAGACCACGGGUUGUGAGGCCCCCUCGGGCGCCGGCGGCGGCGGCGGCAGGAAGAGGGACUCACUGGGGACCACAAGCUCGCCAGCGCACCUCAUUAUCAAGGAUCUUGGAGAAAUUCAUUCAAGGCUUUUAGAUCACAGACCAGUCAUCCAAGGUGAAACCCGUUAUUUUGUGAAAGAAUUUGAGGAGAAACGUGGUCUUCGAGAAAUGCGAGCGCUUGAAAACUUGAAGAACAUGAUCCAUGAAACAAAUGAACACACUCUCCCCACAUGUACAGAAACCAUGGAAGACAGCUUGAGCCACGUUCUCCAGAGAUUGCAAGCAGCUACUGCCUCGGUCUGUAGACUCCAACAGAGGGAACAGGAGCGGAAAAAGGUUCAUAAUGACCAUUUAAUAGCUAGUGAAAAACAGCACAUAAUGCAGUGGGAGGAUUUCAUGAAAGAGCAGCACAGCAAACAGGCAGACGUGGACGAAGAGCACAGAAAGGCCAUGGAGAAGCUUAAAGAGCAGUAUGCCGAGAUGGAGAAGGACCUGGCAAAGUUUUCAACCUUCUGAGAACUUGAGCCACGAAAACGAGACACUCA